AUGCAGGGCGGCUCGAUAGGUGAAGCACUUGACAUGAUAAUAUAUGUUGUACAUCCGGAAUAUCCACUAUUCGUCAAGAGGCACAAGUGUACAACAUCGUGGCCAGCCAAAAAUAUUCCACAAACAAGCCUACUAGGAGGCGCUUGCCGUGGUCACCGGCUCCGCACCCACCGAGGGUGGGCUUGUGUUACAUAUAUAGUCGACCCUCCUCUGGCCACAAAAGCCGACGCGUAUCACCCCAGAGCAGCAAUCACACUGAAACUAUCUCCACCGUCUCUUUACCACCUCGGUGAAGCCAGUUGUGCCAAUCAAGUGCCCAAACCUGCACCAAAAGUGCCUCAAAGCUUUUCAUGUGGUGCCCGUGCUCCUGUUUGUGCCUGGAAGGUUUUUGUUGAUCCGAAGGCUAUAAAUCCAGGGCAAGGUGAUCGUGUAGAGCUGUCGAACGCCCACAACAACCACGACGGCACCUGGAGCUGCAGAGGGAAAUACACAAUGCAAUCAUGUUGCAGUCUACCAGUGAGGGACAAAUCAAGAUUCGCAAUCGAAAUAUGGCAGAAGGAGUGCCCCGACCCCGCGAAUAUCAAAUGA